CGACAGGAAGACCCAGCUACAUGGUGGAAGUUUAACACUGCAAAGUAUCCAACCAUAUCAAAGGUUGCACAAGUUUACCUAGCACCUCCACCAACAAGUGUACCAUCCGAAAGAUUGUUUAGCACGGCUGGAGACAUCAUCACUGAGCAUCGCACAAGACUGCUUCCUGACAACGCUGAGAAGCUGAUAUUCUUAAAAUACAAUGCUUCUCUUAUU